CGCCGUGCCGUCCCCGCCCACGCCGCCUCGCUCAAUCUCCGCCUCUCCCUAAAGGGCUGGAGGAUUCCGUCCGCUCAAGAUCGUAUUUUUCGUCGGUGCCCCAAGAUCUGUGAGCAGUGGUGCCCGAUCUGUCGAUGCUGGAGGCUGUGGCCACGAGAUCCAGCCAACCGCCGGCGCUGGAACUCCUCCACACUUCUCUGCGUCGAGCUACAAAGCCCAGGAGGUGACGAGGUGACGAGGUGGAGGGCGGCAUGGUGGUGUGGAGGUAGCCGGGGCCGGGGGGUCACGGUCGGCCCCGCCAAGCUCGAGGGCCUGCCGGCCGCCUGGUCCGCGCCCGCCGUCGCCGCCGUCAAGGUCAAGUCACCGCUUCUGCGUCACCGGAGAGCCAAACGACAAACCCGCCCACGCCGCGCCACCAACUCCUCCGGCCAUGUCGGUGGAGACGGAGCGGAGCUCCACGGAGUCCUCCGCCGCCUCGGGGCUCGACUUCGAGGACACCGCGCUCACCCUGCGCCUCCCGGGCUCCGACCCCGACCGCAAGCGCGCAUCCACAUCCGACCCCGACUGCCCCUCCCCCACCGCCGCCGACUCGCCGCCUUCACCCAAGGCGCAGGUGGUGACCUGGCGCCGGUGGCGCGCUCUCGCAGAUGCUCACUGGGAGGUGCGGCGGACGCGGGGUCACCGCCGUCCUGCCCGUCGGCAGGGACGGCAGGCCCGACCGCGGCGUCUUCUUCUCCAUCCUAUACGUCAGCGGCUCGCUAUAUGGUGCUUUGAUCGGAUCUGCCACGGCAUUUACCAUUGCAAAAAUUUGAGGGUCCUAUGCAUGUGGACUAAAAUUGAGAUCUGGAAGCACCAUUGUCUACAGGCGCGACCUCGCCGACCUUUGUACGCAGCGAUGAGCGAGAAGUAGUGCUUUGCCUGCAACUGGCGUCCUUGUGACCUCCAGGCCCUGGCGUCCUUGUGACCUCCAGGCCCUGGCGUCCUUGUGACCUCCAGGCCCUGGUGCCUCUUGGUUACCUCCAGGCCUGACCCUAGCGCCCCCAAGGGAAGCCCUGGACGAGCUUCUGGCUAGGGGACGGCGGCGAGCUUCCGGGAACUGCAACAAUCGGCGAGCUGGGCGACGAGCCAGUGGAUGAUUGGAGCUAGACCUGGAGUACAGCUGGGCGACGAGAUAGGGGAUCGAUCGGUACCGGUCGGAGCUGGACGCGAAGGCCUGGAUCGUUUGCGAUGAAACAGGGGAUCGAUCGGAGCUGGGCCACGCGCGCUUGGUGGAUCGGAGCUGGGCCACGCGCGCCUGGUGGAGAGGAUCGAUUCCUCCUGGGGGAGGAGCUGGAGGAGCUGCCUGGGGGAGAAGAUGGCCGGGGAGGAUCGAUUCCGGUGGGGGAGGAGCUGCCUGGAGGAGAAGAUGGCCGGGGAGGAUCGAUUCCGGUGGGAGACGACGGGAGAAUCGAGAUCGGGAUUCAAAAUUUUGAUAGGGGUAUCGAUGUCUUUUUGCUACUUUUUCACCUGGUCGGAAAACGUCCCCGACGUCUUACAUUUCUGCACGGAGGGAGUAC